AUGCUGAAAUGUUUGGAUACGGAAAUGAGUAUAGCGUCAAUUAUGGAAACUGAAAAAAAUGGGUCGCCCAUAACGAAUACUGAGUCAUAUAAAGAAAAUGCAAUUAACCUCUAUGUAAAAAAGUCUGAAACUACAUUUACAGAGGAAGAACAGUUUUCAUCAUCUGGAAACACGAAAACUAACUGGGUUGAUAAAAUUGGACAUUUUCUAAAUGCCGAAACUAGGGGGAUUGAAAAAGUCGAGCCAGAGGACAAGUUUGACCAUUCGUAUUUGAAUCCAUUUACGAUUUUCUUCACGCCACAACUAGCAGUAUCGGCAUUGAGUACGGGAUCUGUUGGUAUUGGAAUGGGCCUAAGUUUCACCAGUACUGUUGUUGUAAUUGUUCUAUUCUCAAUAAUUGGAAGCAUACCUGUGGGGUUAUUUUGUUUAUUCGGCAUGAAAUUUGGAUUGAGACAACAGAUCAUGUCAAGACACUUAACCGGUAACAUAAUGGGUCGAGUUUUUGCGUUUUUCAAUGUGGUAUCGUGUAUUGGAUGGAAUGCAAUUAAUGUAAUACCAUGUGCCCAGCUACUCAACUCGGUGAACCAUAAUUUCAAACCGUGGAUUGGUUGCUUAAUCUUAGUGUUGUGUACUUGUAUCCUUGCUGUUUUUGGGUACAAAGCGGUCCAUUUAUACGAGAGAUAUGCCUGGAUACCCACAUUUGUUGUUUAUAUUGUUAUAAUAGCAAGAUUUACGAUAAUACGUGGAUUCGAAUGGGGUCACGAGAAACAGCUGGCGCAAACGGAAGCCGGAAAUAUUUUAAGCUUCAUUGUUGUUAUGUUUGGUUUCACUGCUGGUUGGUCACCUAGUGCUAGUGAUUUUUUGGUUUAUUUCGAUAAUAGAGCCAAAUCUUGGAAAGUUGCAAUGGCGAUGAUUUUAGGAUUAGUUAUACCGGCUAUUGGAUCAUGUGUUUUGGGAGCUGCAUUAGCCACCAGUACAAACAAACCAGGGAGAUUUAAAGAUGCGUACGAUUCAAAUUCAUUUGGUGGGCUAAUCUAUGAAAUAUUAUGUGGAGAUAAUCAUAAUCAGGGAUACAGAUUUCUCAUUGUUGUACUAGCGCUAUCAGCAGUACAAAACAAUCUCAGCGGUGGCUACUGUUUAUCCUUGGCUAUUCAAUGCGUUUGGUCGAGACUUGCCAAAAUUCCCCGCAUAGCAUGGUGUAUAUUGGGCAACUUAGUGUGCUUGGGAUUUGCCAUUCCGGCGUACUAUGUGUUUUUUGAGGCCAUGUCCAACUUUUUAUCGAUCAUCAGCUAUAAUGUAUCCAUUUACAUUGGCAUUUCUUUAGCCGAGCAUUUCAUCUAUCGCAAAGAUUUUGAACAUUAUGAUAUUUCAAAUUUCAAUGACCGAAAAACAUUUCCUGUUGGAAUUGCCGGUGUAGUUGGAUUUGCGUUUGGUGUUUGCUCAACUGUACUAGCAAUGAACCAAACAUGGUAUCAAGGAGUCAUAGCGAGAAAAAUAGGUGAUAAUGGUGGUGAUAUUUCAUUUGAGUUGAAUAUAAUAUUCUCCUUUAUCGGAUAUAACCUAGUAAGACCAUUUGAAAAGAAAUACUUUGCAAGAUGA